UAAAAAAUAAAAAUAAAUAAAUAAAUAGAAAGUGAUAUUGAAGAAUGAGUCUGUCUGAGCUGCUCCUCGUCUGCUCUCACUGGGUGGCGCUGACGCAGGUCUAUGUGGAGCCUCUGCGGGGCAGAGUUUGACGCCUGCGAUCCCGCCAUGAAGUAGUUCACCUCCGUGGUCAGAGUGAAUGAUGGCCACAGAGACAGAGACAAAGGACAGGAGACACACAGAGGUUCUUCUGGACAUCAGUGAAGAGGAAUGGAGUAAAGACCUCGAGCCACAUGACUAUCACUGCAGAGGUGGAUGGGAAGAAACGGUCUCUGGUUGGGACAGAGUUGCUCCACUGAGCUGCAUACUUCUGACCCAAACAAAGUCCAGGCGGCCACAGACGGGAUCGGACAGCAGCCCUAAAUCGCCCCCUGCUGACCCAACACCACCUGUCACAGGAGGACACGGCUGUGAGCGGAGGAUGGACCGUCAUCACAGUCUUAGGAAAUCCAUACCAUUGAACCAGCAGGUGGACCCACUGAGUGACUCCGCUGUCUGUGAAGCACCAGUGUUUAAUGGCACACAGGGCAGAACGUCACACAUCCAACUAGAAGUGGAAGGUCGUCUCAGAGAGCCCGCUUUACAGCCUCGCCAACUUUCACCCAAACACUCCAAAAACAAGCCGCCCAGGCCUCGGAGGAACGACCGCAGGCAAAACAACAGCGAUAAAACCAGCCACAAGUCAAAUAAUACUCUGGUGCCCAUUACCAACCUAACAUUUUUCCCACCCAUCAAGCCGCCACACCUGUUACCAAAGGUGAGAGGUCAUAUUUGGAGUGGCAAAAAGAGCGAGGAGGGGGAAACCCUGGAGGACAAAUGUUUCCUGUUUGACAGAAGGAGCGACAUGAGACAAGUCAGACUGGACUCUGCCGUGGACACGGACUUCCCUCUGUACCGGACAUGUCAACAUAACCCAGUCUUGGUCUCAGCCAUAAGUCAUUCUAUCCCAAAAACAUCAGUCUGUACAAGGGUGGUGAAAUGAGCCUGACCAGAAGGUGGCGCUACAGCUGCUUUACGAUAUAAUGUAAAAGUUACAUUUUCACAUGUGUACCUCAGCCUCUCAGUAUUUACAUGACAGUGAGGUAUGUGUAGGAUUCAUCAAAUUGGAUAUUUGGAGUUCAGACCAUUUUAACCUCAGCGAUCGAUCGGUCAAAUGUGUGGAUUUAUAAGGACGUGACGGGUUUUUGUUUUAAAUGUUUACCAGUGUUUUCAAGUUCUUCCAGUUGUGUAAAAACCAAAGACAGCAUAUUGAAAAGGAUGUAGCCUCGAGGUUGCACAUAAAAUUCUGUGAAUGUAGUACAGUAUAGUAGUGAGCAUGCUUUGUCCCAGUUUAUACCACAAAUAUUUAAUUUUGAUAUUUUGUGUUUCCCAAACUUUUUUUCCGUGGACCCAUUUUUUUCCACAAACCUUCACAACCCAAGUCAAUAGACAUUAUUCGUAAACUCCUGGGAAACAUGAUGCGAAAUGACCCCUCCCCACCCCAAAAAAAACCUCUUGUGACCCACGUGAAGGUUGUGACCCAGUCUUUGGGAAACAGUGUCAUAAAUAACAUAUCUCUGAUGUUAGUUGAGACCCACGGCCCUCGCGGAUCACAGGCACUGGUGGCCCAAAUAUUGGCCACGUCCUUACAAUUAAGAACCACAGGGGGCGAAGUGUUGCUACAUUUGUUUUUCUUUCACAUUUCAAUUACUAUUUUACCAGCCAUCUUUCAAAUGAAUCUUUCGUGUCAUUGACCAGAAAAUAAAACAUAAAAAAAAACAAAGAGCAUCAAUUGAUUACCAGAGGUUUAUUAUCAACAUCUGUAGUGCAGCUUUCACAUCAUCAAGGCAACUGUCAACUCUAAGACCCACAGGCAGGAAAAGUCAAACUGAACUUCAGUUAAAACACAACGUAAUUAGCAUGCACUCCCUACGCAGGGAAAAUAAAGCACACUGACUGAUAAUCAAACCCCG